UCGCUUUCGCCUGUAGGUCAUCCUCGGGCGCCCACCCCGACGAAGGCAGAGAGUACACAGCUGACUAGGCGGCGGCUUCUAAACCGGGACGGCAGUAGCGGCGACAGCGACGGCAGCAGCAAUGGCCGGGGCGGGGCCAGCCCCGGGACUCCCUGGGGCAGGAGGACCCGUCGUCCCGGGCCCUGGCGCCGGCAUCCCGGGCAAGAGCGGCGAGGAGCGCUUGAAGGAAAUGGAGGCGGAGAUGGCCCUGUUUGAGCAGGAAGUUCUGGGGGCUCCGGUGACCGGAAUCCCUACCGCUGUACCUGCAGUGCCCACGGUCCCCACGGUGGAGGCGAUGCAGGUCCCAACAGCUCCUGUGAUCCGCCCGAUCAUCGCGACCAACACGUACCAGCAGGUCCAACAGACUCUGGAGGCCCGGGCCGCCGCUGCAGCCACGGUCAUUCCCCCCAUGGUGGGGGGUCCCCCUUUUGUGGGCCCAGUUGGCUUUGGCCCUGGUGAUCGGAGUCACCUGGACAGUCCAGAGGCCCGAGAAGCCAUGUUCCUGCGGCGAGCAGCUGUGGCCCCUAUCCUGCGUCCAGCCUUCGUCCCCCAUGUGUUACAGAGAGCAGAUUCUGCUCUCUCUUCUGCAGCAGCUGCUCCCCGCCCCAUGGCCCUGCGGCCCCCUCACCAGGCCCUCGUGGGGCCCCCUCUGCCCGGGCCCCCUGGACCACCCAUGAUGCUGCCUCCAAUGGCCCGGGCCCCAGGGCCCCCCCUGGGCUCCAUGGCUGCUCUGAGGCCUCCCCUGGAAGAGCCAGCGGCGCCCCGAGAGCUGGGCCUCGGCCUGGGAUUGGGCCUGAAGGAGAAGGAAGAGGCGGUGGUGGCGGCAGCUGGGCUGGAGGAGGCUAGCGCAGCGGUGGCUGUGGGGGCAGGAGGCGCCCCAGCUGGCCCUGCCGUCAUUGGGCCCAGCCUUCCGCUGGCCCUGGCCAUGCCAUUGCCGGAGCCGGAGCCUCUGCCCCUGCCUCUGGAGGUAGUACGUGGCCUGUUGCCUCCUUUGCGCAUUCCAGAACUCCUGUCCCUGCGUCCGAGACCCCGGCCCCCUCGGCCUGAGCCACCUCCUGGCCUCAUGGCUCUCGAGGUCCCAGAGCCCCUGGGUGAAGACAAGAAGAAAGGGAAGCCAGAAAAGCUGAAACGCUGCAUUCGCACAGCCGCCGGGAGCAGCUGGGAAGACCCCAGCCUGCUGGAGUGGGAUGCAGAUGACUUCCGGAUCUUCUGUGGGGAUCUGGGCAAUGAGGUAAAUGAUGACAUCCUGGCACGCGCCUUCAGCCGCUUCCCGUCCUUCCUUAAGGCUAAGGUGAUCCGUGAUAAGCGCACAGGCAAGACCAAGGGCUACGGCUUUGUCAGCUUCAAGGACCCCAGCGACUACGUGCGCGCCAUGCGUGAGAUGAAUGGGAAGUACGUGGGCUCGCGCCCCAUCAAGCUUCGCAAGAGCAUGUGGAAGGACCGGAACCUGGACGUGGUCCGUAAGAAGCAGAAGGAAAAGAAGAAACUGGGCCUGAGAUAGGGUCUGUGGCUGGGCACCCGCUCCCGCCUGCUGGGCCCUGGCUUCUCCCACAAUUCUCUUUGGAAAACCCCCAACUGUCCACCUACUCACCCCAAAGCAGUUUCAAUAAAUUUAUGUUCCUUUCCA